UUUAUACGUUGCUAGUAGCUGACUUGACAGUGAGCAGCUACUGACCCGGUGGACUCGCUUGACAAUCGGUUGACUCGCCUUGUCUGUUCACACAGUGUGAGUUGUUGGCAUGUAACUAGAUACAACAGCACGGGUUUACCAGGGAUGCCAGGUUUUCAGUUGCAUUUAUUAUCACACAAUUUGAUCCCGAAAUACACGCUAACCGUAGUUUAUACCGUAUACAAUGUUGUCCAGCAAAACACGGCUGACUGUAGUUCGUACCGUGACAAAAGCGGUUACAAAAAUACUUUGUGCUGAAUUACUUCGAGCUGAAGGUACUAUUCGGAAAAAGCAGAAAGGCAAAAGGAUUUGGGCCAGGAAUUGGAUGCAAAAAAAAGGAGCAACAAAUACAAUACUGAACGAACUCUACGAUAAUGAUCCCCGAGAGUACAGAGCAGUGUUGAGAGUAACACCAGAACAAGUGGAAACACUAUUGGAUUUAAUUGCUCCAAAAAUACAACGCCAAGAUACACUUAUGAGGGGUGCUAUACCUGCAAGAGUGAAAUUAGAAAUUACUUUGGUGUACCUCUCCUCUGGAAUAUCGUUCAGAUUAUUGUCGAUAUUUUUUAGAAUCUCGAAGGCAUCCAUAGCUAAGAUAAUUCCGGAAGUAUGUGACGCUAUAAAUUUCAGUCUAAAAGAUUUUAUUAAAAUGCCGAAUAAGGAAGAAUGGCAAGAUAUAGGAGUAGGAUUCCAUUCAAGGUGGAACUUCCCAGGUUGCUAUGGAGCUAUUGAUGGGAAGCACAUCACAAUUCAAGCACCACCUAAUUGUGGUAGUGAAUAUUACAACUAUAAGGGAACGAAUAGCAUAGUGUUAAUGGCAAUCGUGGAUCACGAUUAUUGUUUUAGAUAUGUUGAUAUAGGCUCAUACGGUCGUAACGCAGAUGGUGGGAUAUUUCAAAAAUGCUCUUUAUAUUCUCAUCUAGAAAACAAUAUUCUAUUGCCUGAAAAUGGCGUUUUAGUAGGUGAUGAUGCGUUUCCAUUAAAGCCGUAUUUAUUGAAGCCCUAUAAAAAUACACCGACUAAAGAAGAAAAGAUUUUUAACUACAGAUACUACAGUUUGAGAUCGUUUUCGUAUUUUGGGAAAACCAAUCCAGGUUAGAGAGGAUACCGCAAUGAAGAUAGUUUUAUGUGCAUGUACUUUACACAACUGGUUGCGUAUGUCUGCAUCGAAAACGUAUACUCCACCAGGAACAAUUGACUAUGAAGACAUAAUAAAUUUUGAAAUUAAUUUAGGGCAGUGGAGGUCAGAGAUUGAGGGUUUACGAAGCAUUCAACGCUCACGGAUGAAUAAUAGAUCAAAGGCUAUUGCAGAGAAAAUGAGAGAUAAAUAUAAACAUUACUUUAAUAGCGAGGGAGCGGUUACUUGGCAAAAUAAUAUGAUUUAUUAAUUAGAGAAUACAGUAUAAUAUAGUGUAGUAUAGUUGCAGUAUAGUAUAAUAUCGAAUCAUUUAGUAAUGUAUAUAUAUAUUUAGUGUUAUAGUGCAUUAUAUAAUAGAAGAAAAUAACUUACUAGAUUACUUAUUGUUUGUUUUUCCUUCAGAUGAAUAAUAUUCAUGAUGUAAUCCAUGGCAUCGAACCAUUGGACGGAAGGUUUAUAUAUCUCAUCAGUACCACAUCCGCUUCGUUUGCUUUUCUCAAUUUUUAAUUUCUCCUGGUUGUAUGUAGAACGUAAAUUUUUUAUUUUUUUUGUAACUUCUUUCGUAUCCGAUAACCCCACUUCUGAACGAAUGUAUUCAAGCGAGGCUUUACGCAAAUCUCUGUUUUUAUAAUUGGGAUCCAUACAGUUCCACAAAAUGGUUUGUUCUUUAUAUAA